UAAAGUCACGAGUAUCCCUGCUGAUCUAGCAGACCGUAUUUAUAUUGUGAGUCUUGAGAAAGUCUCGGGACCUCCGCAAAUAUUGAAUGAUGAAUUACUUUAUUUACUUACUAUCGUUUUUUAUAUGUUCCGCUCAAUGUGCUCCACAAAAUGUAUUUAGCAGUGCAUCAAGCUGUGGAUACAGUAGUUGUAAUCCAGUUAAAGAUGGGAUGAUAAAUGUGCAUUUGGUACCACAUACACACGAUGAUGUUGGCUGGUUGAAAACAGUUGAUCAAUAUUUUUAUGGAGAUAAAAAUGAUAUACAAAUAGCUGGAGUACAAUAUAUCUUAGAUUCCGUUAUUCCACAAUUGAUCAACGAUCCAUCUAAAAGAUUUAUUUAUGUAGAAAUAGCAUUUUUCGCAAGAUGGUGGCGAGAACAGACGGACAGUAUGAGACACGUUGUCAAGGGAUUAGUAGCAGAAGGACGUCUGGAGUUUAUUCUAGGAGGAUGGUGUAUGAAUGACGAAGCUUCAACUCAUUAUAAUGCUAUCAUUGAUCAACACACAAUUGGUUUUGAAUUUUUACGCCAAAACUUCAAAGAUUGUGGCCGACCAAGAGUAGCAUGGCAAAUUGACCCAUUUGGUCAUUCUAGAGAACAGGCUUCAUUAUUUGCUCAGAUGGGCUUCGAUGGUUUAUUUUUUGGACGUCUGGAUUAUGAAGACAAAGCAAACAGACUGAAAAAAAAGACAAUGGAGAUGAUAUGGAAAGGAAGUCCUAAAAAUUUGGGUUCAACAUCAGAAUUAUUUACUGGUGCUCUGUUUGAUGGAUAUGGUCCACCGGGUGAUUUUUGUUGGGACAUUAGAUGUAAUAGUGACCCAAUAAUGGUAUAA